GGCUGAGGUUGAGAACUACGGGUGUCUCAGACUGCCAAAACAUAAGGAGAUAUGACAGAGUUUGAAACAAUAUCAACAUGUCUAUAUUGGAGCUUUCUUUAUUUGAUACACUAUCCAGAAAUUCAAGCCAAAAUUCAAGAAGAAAUUGAUGGAAACAUUGGGAUGAAAUCAACCAGGUUUGAAGACAGGAAAAUUUUACCCUCCACAGAAGCUUUCAUAAAUGAAAUAUUCAGACAUGCCUCCUUUCUUCCUUUUACUAUUCUUCAUUGCGAAGGAGGGGGAAUGUCUCUCACGCCAUGUGGUAAUCGGCAGAGCAGAAUGCAGUGCCUCAGCCCAGGUAUCUCCAAGGGCCAGACCACUAGCUGAGCAGAGUCAAGCCCAGACAGUGAGCCACUCAGUCCCCUGUAUUUUGCCUCUCUCAUUUGCUCUCCAUAUUCACACAUGAUGCUAUCUAUUCACUGUGAUCCCUUUUCUUCAGAUCCCCUUUCUGGUUGAAGUAGACUUCAUCUUUAACUUAAGUUUAUAAAACAUCCUACAUUUAAAUAUGCAGCUCUUCUGUCCCAAAGGCUUCUGUAGGGUGACUUUGGGUGCUUCAUAAAAGAGUACGACCUACAAGCUUUACUAACAAAUCAGGAACAGAGAGACCUGCCAAGUUUACAGGCAUUAUUUGGGAUGAAAUGGAAGUGAUCAUAAUCUUUGGGAUCCUGAAAACACAUCUGAGAGCCUCACUAAUAGGGAGAAAUAUAUUUUAGGAAAUAGGUAUUCAUUAUAUUAUUAGAAGUGAAGAAAUAAACUAAUAUAUCAACUAUAAAGAUCAGAGGCAUCGGCCAAUGAGAGUAGUGUGAUAUAAACCAAGAAUUUUAGCACAAACAUAAAAGGCAUCUUAUAUAUUGAUACGUCGUUUGGGAUUAAUCUGUUCUCCACUUGGAUGUUUACCAUUUUCCAUUUAAAAGGACAAGGGAUUAAAGAGCAGAAAAUGGUUAAAAUGAAAUGAAUUUUAAAAAGAUAAAUGGAAGAAUCUUAGGUAAAGGGGGCAAAAGUUUUGCUAUUAUAUAUAACGUAUGUACACACAUACACGAAAGACCAAACAGUACCCUAAUAAAUAUUUAUUGCAUGUAUGCUCUUUAAAAGUUACGCGGAAAGGCAUUUUUAUAUAUGAAGUUUCAGAAGUAUAUAUUUAGAAAGAGAGACCCUACAAUGAAUAAAUUUAUAUAUUGAGUCCUUCUUUAGAAUAUAUAGUCACUCAUAGUUUAAUAUUAGUGAAAUCAAAUUUUACAUGCUAGGUUUCCAUAGGGUGGGAGCAUGUGGUUUUUAUGCAGAGUAGAAUUUGAGCAGCUGAAUCCACAGAGGGAGUGUAGACAGGAAUGUACUGAGAAAGGCAAGUGGCUAUACCUAGGAGCCGGUAAUCCUUCCAACAAAUGGCUCCAUCCCUUUUUUGACCUUCUCCUUUGUUGGGUUUUGAGGGCACCCGAUGAAUAAUACCCAUAUUACUUGCCAAAGUUCAGUACCAGCUGCAAGAUGAAAGUAGGUCAGAGAGAGUUUCAAAUAUUAACUUUUUUAAUGAUCAGAGCUAGUUUGCACAGUUUGGCUUACAGCUAGACCAAGGAGGCUUACUCAUACUUUUUACCUGAAUUAGACAUACUUCUCCACUCAGACUCUGGCAAAGUUGGACAACAGCAGUCUCCUCUGUACGAAACCUGCUCUUCAGCUCAGCCCAUUAAUAACUAUAGAUGAGAUGUAUUACCUUCUCUAUAGGUUGGCUAAUCAGAAAAGAGAACCCAGAAGUGGCUAAGACAAAUGUGUCCAGUGACUGCUCUUAAACUCAUCACAUUGAAAUGUCACUGCUUCUCUGGGGAGAAGUGAGUGUGAGGGCCAUCUCAGAAGUUAGGGAGUGCCAUAUGGAAAUAUAACAUGACUUAAUCUAAACUGUGCAUAAUUACAGAGGUAUAAAAGGGAAAGAUGUACAGUAUACAUAAUGAAGUCUGAGUAUGGGACUAGAAAAAUAGAAUACUUGUUCUAGAAGCAGCUUAGAGACCAUCCAAUACAACCAAUAUUAUUUCACAACUAGGAAAUGAAACCAUAGAGUAGGUAUGAGACUUGCCCAACAUCUCACUGAGACCAGUAUCUAGAGUUCAGAUUUCCUAGUUCCAAUUCCAUUCCAAUUCCUAGUUCCUCCCAUCAAGUACUAAAUGAUGUUAUGUUUUGUUUUUCUAAUCUACUAAUAGAAGCCAAAAACACAUGGGAUACAAAGAAAAUGCUUUAUAAUGUCCUUAAUAGUUUCUGGUUGUAUUCGAAUGUGUCUACUUAUGACCAACUCUGUCAUAGAAAUAUUGAGAUAAUUUUCUAGAGAUUUUAGCUCAUAGCAAUGCCUUCAAUAUAUUAGGUGCUCAAUAUGCUUAACAAAUACAAGAAAAAGAAUAAAUUAGUGAUUUGACAAUAGGUGAAGAUAUAUCAAUUAAUGAACAGAGGGAGAUUUAUAAAGAUGUCACAUCAUUAUUGCAGUAAAAAAUAACACUAACAAAAAGUAGUCCAUGCAUCAUGGGAGGCAGCUUAGGGAUGGGUUAUUUGAAUUUACAGGAUGCAUUGUAAUGCUGCCUUUCUCUUUCCUACAGUACUACAUCAGAUACUACUCUGAAUGGUUAUUUCAUUCCCAGGAAAACAUGCACCUUUAUUAACAUGUAUCAAGUAAAUCAUGAUGAGGAAGCCACCAAAAUUAUUUCCUGAGAUAAAAUUUGCUUGGUUGUUUGUUUGCUAUUUAUUAAUCUGGGAAAAAUUCACAUUCUUCUUAACCAAACUUCAUUCCCUCUGUUUCUCUUGAAAGAAGUUGGAAAGAAAUUCAGUUUUCUUUCCUCACAGAUAAUAGGAAGGAUGAAAUCUUAAUACAGAUUCAUUCAGGGUAAAUCGAAUUUCAAAAGUGGGCUCACUGGGGGAGGUGUAAGCGAAGGACUUCGUGAGCUCACCCUCUGCAUGUGUAUGACCAGCUGAUAUUUGAAAAGCAGCCUGAAACCCCCCACUGGAGUGUAAGCCACCAAGCAGGGAUUUGUUUUUUCUCUCCCUUUUUGUUUGUUUGCUUUUUCCUCAACCCCAGUACCUAGAUCAGUGCCUGGCACAUAGUAGGCACUCAGUAAAUAUUUGUGAAUAAAAUGCAACUAGAGGCUUGCCCAUAUCAACUACGGAAGGGCAGUCUGAGCCUAAGGUACCUCAGGCAGUGAAAAGUGAGGGUGAUGAGUGGUGAUGGCACUGGUGGGAAUAAUGGUGAGUACAGUUAAUCUUUAUAGACUCCCACUGUGUGCUGGGCACAGAAGCUCAGAUAUAUCUCCUCUGACCUCAACAGUAAUCCUAUAUAGUGGCGCUAGCAUGACCCCAAAUUUACUGAUGAAGAAACUUUCAGCCAGAUUGAACAAAUUACUUACGAUCACAUGUUCAGCAGGUAAGAGAAGCAGGACUCACAUCCAGUGUAAAUCCUGUUUAAUAUGUAAAUCUUAUUUAAUGGAAAUUAUAUGCUCCAUGUGGUGAGGGCUUGAUGUCGCCAGUAAACUGGUAAAGAUUGCAAUCUUUCCUUCCCCCCCCCCCCACUUUGGCCACCA